AUGCGUCUUGAAAGGGAGCGCUUUAAAGCUCUCUGUCACAAUGAUUUGCACUUGGAGGCACUGGAGGUGUUGAAGGGAUUCCUUGCCCCCUUCAACGCCGUCAGCAAGGCGGCGGAGGGGUCGCUCUACCCGACAAUCUCCAUGGUCAUUCCAAGCUACAACGACAUGCUUGAUGGUUUGGAGGCGAAGCGCCAGGGCCGCCCGUCCACGCUGGUCAUGGAGAUGACCAUUGCCGCGCUGGGGCACUUCAAGAAGUAUGUGUAUGCCAGCAGUGACGACCUGCUCAUUGCCACGUUCCUAGAUCCAGCGACGAGGGAGCGGUAUUUCGCUCUAGGCACGCGCAUGGCGGCGGAGGGGUCGCUCUACCCGACCAUCUCCAUGGUCAUUCCAAGCUACAAUGACAUGCUUGAUGGUUUGGAGGCGAAGCGCCAGGGCCGCCCGUCCACGCUGGUCAUGGAGAUGACCGUUGCCGCGCUGCGGCACUUCAAGAAGUAUGUAUAUGCCAACAACGACGACCUGCUCAUCGCCACGUUCCUAGAUCCAGCGACGAGGGAGGGGUAUUUCGCUCUAGGCACGUGGGAGAAUCGGCAUCCAGAGUUGGUUAGCCAGGGGGGUGGGAGGCGGGCGAGGGGUCCGGUGAUGGUGGAUGAGAUCUUGAUCCUGGUGCGCACACGUGUGGAGGCGUACCGGGUGCAUGCAGCGGUGACAGCACCUCCACCUGCUACAGCAGCGCGUGCACCUGCCACCGACACUGAGGGGGAUGAGCACAUAGGCAGUAGGGCUGCUGGGGGGGCUAGGCCCUUGGGUGAUGAGGUGGACAGAUAUGUGGCCCACGAUGAUACAGCAGACGUACCCCCCCUCGACUUCUGA